UCAAGUAAUAGCAAGGAAUGUAGUAUGUCAUGUGAUCCGACUGACGCUCGGCGCUUACCGGUACCCGGGCCGGCCAGUGUGAAAUUGGUUACCGAAGAUAAUACGACUGAUCAAAUGACAAACAGUAAAAAAAUCUUAAGAAGUGGCGACGCCUCGCAACCCUCACAGAAGAUCUCUAUACGUCUGCAACACAGAAUAGGCACAUGGAAUGUGAGAGGGCUGCUGGGAACUGGAAAGUUACAAAUUGUUGAAAAAGAAAUGAAACAUCACCAUCUGUCAAUACUAGGCUUAAGCGAAACGCACAUGCGCAGCCAAGGUCAUUUCAAGACUGCUUCUGGGAACACUAUGUACUUCUGUGGUCCCGAAAACGAGAGCAGAAGUGGAGUCGCGUUCGUCUUACCGCCACAUGUUGACAAACAUGUUCUAGGUUACAAUGCCGUAAGUGACAGGAUUAUAACACUUAAGUUGAACACCAAGCCGUGCAUCCUAAAUUUGAUCCAGGUUUAUGCUCCUACGGAGGAGUCCAAAGAAGAAGUAAGCGACAAAUUUUAUGGCUUCUUACUAGACGCACUUAAAGCAAUACCAAACAGGGAAGUCACUAUGAUUCUUGGUGACUGGAAUGCGAAAAUUGGGAACACAUCAUCAGACGAGCACUUAAGGAAUGUUGUUGGCAAGUUUGGUUUAGGCGUGAGGAGUACACGCGGAGAAAAACUACUAGAAUGUAUUGAUAAGAAACUAAGCAUAAUGAACACUUACUUCCAACAUCAUCCACGCCGUACUUACACCUGGAAAUCCCCAGGUGAUCGUUAUAGAAACCAAAUUGACUACAUCCUAAUUGACGCUCGCUGGCGAUCAUCUGUAUCAAACGUAAAGACCUUCCCUGGUGCAGAUUGUCACUCCGAUCACAACCUAUUAGUGGCAUGGUUUGGUCUACGUUUCAAAAACAUACGUAAAGUUUCGCGACCCAAACCAAGACAGAUUGACCCAAUGAAGCAUUCCACUUUCAGAGAGAUGGUAGAAGCUAAACUGUUGGAAAAAAGUCAGAGUUGCACUGAACCAAAUGCACAGUGGAAAGAAUUCAAGUCCACUGUGCUUGAUUCCCUAGAAAAAUGUCAGCCUUCUAGAAAGGAGCCUAAGACCAACAUAUGGCUAUCUACUAAUACCUGGGAACUAGUGCAGGAACGAAAAGACCUGAAGUGCAAAGGUUUUAUGAACGAUGAGACCAUAGCAAGAUACACCGAACUUUGCAAAUUUAUAAAAAAGAGCAGCCGCCAAGAUAAGAACAAUUUUAUUUUGAACUUGUGCCGAGAUGUUGAAUUGCACGCGAACAAAAUGCAAACUGCUGAUCUCUUCAAAAAAGUCCGGCUUCUAUCAAAACAAUUUAAGCCGAAAUCAUGGAUGAUCGAAGAUAAAGAUGGGAAUCUCAUUCAUGAGCUUGAGAAAGUGGCUGACCGUUGGCGUGAGUACUGUGUAGACCUAUACAAAACUGAAAUUGUUUCGGCCAUAGCUUCUUUAAAGAACAGAAAAGCUCCUGGACCAGAUGAAAUAACGGCAGAAAUACUCAAAACCUUGGGGGAAGUUGGAAUUAAUAAAAUGCAUGACAUUUGCAACGCUGUAUGGACAACAGGCAAGUGGCCUAAAGACUGGUCAAAAUCUAUCAUUCUCCCUUUGCACAAGAAAGGAUCCAUCCAAAAAUGUGAAAAUUAUCGCACACUUGCCCUCAUAUCCCAUGCCAGCAAAAUCUUGCUCCACAUUAUAAACAAAAGGCUGAGGCACUUCCUUGAUUGGCAAAUCCCGCAAGAACAAGCGGGCUUCGUCAAGGGAAAGUGAACACGUGAACAGAUAUUGAAUGUUAGGCAACUCAUAGAAAAAUCUUACGAACUCAAUGCACCUUUCAUCAUGUGUUUUAUCGACUAUAACAAAGCAUUUGACUGUGUGGACUGGAAGCUUCUUUGGUCAGUCCUUCUGGAGAUGGGAGUCCCAAAACAUAUAGUUGGAGUGCUUCAGGGUCUAUACUAUGACAGUCAAGGGACAGUGAAAAUCGACAAGACAACUUCGAAAACCUUCCCGUUUGGCAAAGGUGUUCGCCAAGGAUGCAUCGUGUCCCCUAUUCUUUUUAAUAUCUAUGGAGAAUAUAUCAUACGUCAGAUCUGUGAAGAUUGGAGUGGUAAAAUAACUGUUAACGGCACAAAAAUACUAAAUUAACGCUACGCCGACGACACUAUUCUUUUCGCAUCCAACGAAACUGAAAUGUACAACCUGUUGAAUAAAAUGGAGCAACAUAGCUUGGAGAUGCGACUGACUAUAAAUCGCUCAAAAACAAAGAUCAUGGUAGUGGAUCGUGCUUCUAAACUGGAAUUUAAUGGGAUACUCAAACUAGAAACCGUUGACCACCUCAUUUACCUGGGCUCUAGCAUUAAUAACAAUGGAUCUAGCGAAGGUGAAGUCCGCAGGAGAAUUGGAAUGGCUAAAGCUGCAAUGUCUCAGCUCGACAAGAUAUGGAGGGACCGGAGCAUCAGAAACAAGACAAAAGUGGCACUGGUGAGUGCUCUAGUCUUCUCUAUCUUCCUAUACGGGGCAGAGACAUGGACACUAAAAGCUAGAGACCGCCAGCGUGUAGAUGCCUUUGAAAUGUGGUGCUGGAGGAAGAUGCUCCAAAUUCCGUGGACGGCAUUCAGGACCAACCUCUCUAUCUUAGAAGAACUCAAGCUUGACAAGAAACCUAGGCUCUCCAAAAUUUGCCUGAGGAAAAUCCUUGAGUUUUUUGGCCAUAUCGCCCGCAAACCAGGUGAUAACCUCCAAAAAUUGAUAAUCACUGGACGAAUGGAGGGCAAGAGGUCGAGAGGCAGGAAUCCAAUGCGCUGGACCGAUCAGGUCCGCACCACACUCAACAUGAAUGUGGCUAAAGCGGUUCGUGUCGCCAAAAACCGAACCAGAUGGCAAAACAUCGUGCGCGAAGGACUGUUUCCCUAAUGACUCACGACCCCCAGCAUUGGGGA